AUGGCUGCUUCGGUCACCUCCCCUUUGCCUUCUGGUUUGUUGGCAUAUCGCAGACGUACUUCAGGCCUCUUGGAGAGCGAUAGCGUCUCAAACAAUGGCAUCGCUCGGUCAGUCACCUCCCGAAGAGUCUCCUCCAAGAGGUUCAAGACGGUGGAGACGUCGGAGGUUUCCAAUUUGGUGUACUCCCUCAAGCGUCGCAGCGGGAACGAGCUUGGAAGUAACGCAUCAUCCAAGCUGUUGAACCACACACAUGAUUCCGUCUUGGACUGGAUCCGCAUCCAGCGAAUGAGUCUUCUGCCCCCAGAAGGAAGCAGUUACGAUAAAGUGCUCUCGUGGGCUCAAUUGUCCGUUGAGAGGCUGCAUUCAUUCAACCUGGCGAUCGAGGAGUUCGCUGGUGAUAGUUACCUGGCUGCCCAGCUGGCAUAUGGCUAUUGUGCCCUUUUGCUUGAGUUGGGACAAGAAAAUGCAUCCGCACUCAUGAUUUCCUUCGGUUUCUUCUACAGCACCUCAAUGAAGCUUGGAAACCUGCUUGAGAGGACGGAGCUAUUUGGCAUCUCCCAAGAGAUCCGGGAGCAAUUAGUUCUGGCUCUCGCAGACCUGGUAACCUUGGUUGCUAGUGUGUCUAUGCACUUUCACAAGGCGAUCCGAAAGCUUACCACCGCUUCAAUUUCUAUCGAUCUGUAUAAGACCUUCCCAGGGCAAAUUCAGACCUUCCGUGACCGUUGCGAGAGGAUCACUGAGUCUAUGUGGCGUUAUCAACUUCUAAAAGAAAAUCUAGACGCCGAUAAAGUAUCCGACUCCAAAACCAUCAAAUUGUGGCUCGCCCCUGAGGAUCAUGUUCUCGCCAGCGUCGCUGAACAAAACUCCCACCUGGCUCACGACCGGGACGAGCUUACCUGUCUCUGGAUGGCGCCCUAUUUGGCACGUUUUCUCAAAAGCCCUCUCAAGAGCCUUGCUAUUGCCGGUAAACCUGGUUCUGGACGAACGGUGCUCGCAUCGGUGAUUGUCGACCAGUUGCAGCAUCCUAUCGGUGGUGUUGCUUACAGCACUCUGUUUGUCCCUAUCAAUGCAAAAGUUCCCGCGGAGACAACGCCACGUGCCGUUGCCAAAAGUAUUCUACACCAGCUCUUCGACAGGCGUAUCGGGAAUGUGCAGAUGUUGCAGAUCUUGAGCGUUGCUUAUGAGCGCAGCAGGAAAGCUUUAAAUGAGCAGGACUAUGAUCAGAUCCUAUGGAAUGCCCUGGAAGCCGCUCUCUGUGUUGCCCUUACCGGUGCCAAAGAACUUGUGAUUGUGGUCGAUGGCGUUGAUGAGGCAUCCUGCAGCGAGGCAACCCUGCUUCAGUUGCUGGCCACAGCCACCGCUAAGGCUCCCAAUGCGAAAGUGAUCACUCUCGGCGCUCAAAAACCUCCGACAGCUGCGGACCGAACUUUUGUGCAGAUCACUGACGAGUUGAUCUUUGACGAUAUUGCUACAGUCGUGAGGAAUCAGCUGCAGCAGAACCGUGCCUUCGCCGCCAUGCCCGAUUUGGACCAAGAGACCAUCGUUGAGCAAAUCACAGAAGCCUCUCAGGGCUCCUUUCUGUGGGGGAGGCUCGCGGCCCAGCGAGUUUGCCAUGAACAUACCGAGGACGGUCUUCUAAAGGAAGUGGAUGCACUCGUUGAGUCAAAUCUGAGUCUCACCGAUUUUGUCCUUCAGGUUCUGCAAUCAUCCAAUGUUUCGGCAGAUGCUAAGCACAUGUUGCUCUGGCUCGUCACCGCCGACAGGCCUCUACAGCUUAAGGAACUCGAAAUUCUGGCUUCUAUUCAGAUCGACGAUUUGACUAUAGCGGAACGCAAGCUUGAGGCUUUGCACAUUUUGAAACCGCUGAAGCCCUUGGUCCUCGUCCAAGAUGGCCAUGUUUUCCUUCGCCAUGGGCUCAUCCGAGCAGCCAUACUGGACAUCUUUUCGAAGAGAGAGCUGGUUUCCAUCAAGGAUCGGCACGCUGAUCUGGCCACCAGGUUGUUGAUUUAUAUCAAAAACACUGUAACUCAGGAGAACGAGCCCUCUCUUGUCUCGCUGGAGUGGCACGAUUCCAACAUUCUUUUGAAAAAGUUCCCGUUGCUCGAGUUUGCCGUUCGGUAUUGGGUAUCGCAUGUCCAGCGCACCGUGGCAUACACUAGCGAAGGAGUUGUUGCAAUCGUCAAUAGCUUUGGGAAGGCAUUGCCCGCGUCCAUUACGGCUCUACGCCUUGAGUGCACAUUGUGGGAGACCAUUCCAACACCUGCGCUGCUGUCCUACUUGAAUACGGUGACCAACAUCUACCGUCAGAUGCUCUCCGAGAACCAUGUUGUCACCCUUCAAUCUAUCGUCUUCCUGGCCCUUCUCAACCAGCGCGUUGAGUGUGUCUCUGAUGCCAUUACUUUGUUCUACAAAGCCGCCACGAUCAGUCAGACAGUCUUGACAACCCGUCACAUCGUCACGAUGCAGAUGGCCAAGAUCUUUGAGGAGUUGACCAUUGACAGCAGGACAGAAAGCAAAACAGAGAUCAUGGUGCAGAGAGAAACGAUCCUCUUGUUGCUGGUUGAAUGCUACCAAAACCACUACGGGAAGGAUUCCGAGACUGUCGUUGCAGUUCUCAAGCAACUGAUCGAGCAUUACCGUUGGACCAAGGAAGAGCAAAGAAUCGAGGAGAUCAUUGUCAUGAUCGAGACCAUUUCCGAGCAUUAUCGGAAAGAUUCUGUCAGUGGAGACUUGGGGGUCGAGUUAAGACGCAGACGAGGCCGAAAGUCUUCCGGGAUCACCCUUGGCUUCUCUCUUGACAUUGAAGAAGUGGAUGAACUGAUUCAAGAAUAUGACUCCUACGAUGUAGAGGCAUGGAUCAGGCAAGCUGAAGCAUACAUCGCUGAAGGAAAGACGGAGCUGGCUGAACGCACAUAUAUUGAGAUUUGGCAGCGCGUUAGCAAGGAGUACCGUACGCACUAUUCAGCGUAUUGGGAAGAGAGGAAGAUGAUCAUUGUGCUUGCAUAUUCCAGGUUUCUCGUCUCCCAGACGCGGGAAUACGAGGCAUCUUCUGUGCUGUCCAGUCUAUGGCAAGAGUACGAGCAGGCUAGCAUUUCGAUGUCGGAGACUUCCGUCUCCUACUUCCAGGAGGUCGCAAAAAUGAUGAAGGUUGUCGGCAUAUCUGAGGUGGCACUGUCUGUCUUCAAGCGCUGCUCUAGGUACUAUGAGAGUAUCAGCUCGACCCACACCUCCACCUAUAAAGAGCUCCAGGAGACCAUCCAGACCACCUCAAAGGAGGUAGUCAAGUCAUUCAGCUCCUCGACCACAGCCAUAUCUGAGACAACCUUGGAGGAGUUCUUCUACGAGUCGUCUGGUUCUAUUGAAACUUUUGAAGAAACCUCUUUUACUGCGACCCAUCGUCUGAUCGGCCAGUACAUCUCGCAGCAUCGAUGGCAAGACGCUACACGUGCAGUAAAGAAGGUCCUUCGCAUCGUCUGGCCUUCUCUCUUCUCACCCUCCCUGCAAGAUGUCACUCUUCCUGAGCAGUCUAUCGACAACUGCGUGGAGUUGGCUGAACGCCUCAGCUUUUGUUAUCACUCCCGACGACGACUGAACAAGGAGGAGGAUAUCCGCAUUAGAUUGUACCGUGCUGUUCGGGCUGCGAGACAAGUGGACGACGACCUCCGUGAUCGUGUAACCAUUGAGUUGCUUGGCUUCUUUGAGCGUACUGCGCAGACCGAAUCAGUCAUCAAUCUCCAACAGGAGUUGCUAGUGGAUUACAUCGACUUCUAUGGAGAAGAACAUGCGAUUGUGAUCAAGACCCUCUGGACUCUGGCUGAACUGACUCGUCCUCGCCCAAUAUUUCUUGAGUACUACCGGCAGAUCAUCCGAGCGUUGAACAAGGACUCCACGACCUGCCACCCAGAGGCAGUUGAACCGAUGAUCAUCAUUGCAACCGAGUUGUGGAAUCAAGGCCGCUAUCAGGAUGCUUUGACCCACUACAAGAUUCUAUUCAUUACGUUCCUGAACCAGCCCGAGGGGUCGCCCAAGUUCCAGGUCCAUGAGUUUGUCCAGGAGCUGUACGAGCGGUAUAUCCGCUGUUUGCGCAUUGUGCACGUGGAUUUUGCUGUAUUGUACCGAGUUACAGGGGACUACCAUACUGCUUGCAAGACAACUUUCGGUUUGACGGCCUCAAUCACUAUUCAAGCGACCUUGAUCCUUGCACGGCUAUGCCAGGAGUCCAAGAGAUUCGAGCUGGAAGCCAUUGCCCUCUACGAGGAAUUGCUCAUGAUCGAAUCCGAGGAGAUUGACUUGGAAGAAAUUUCUGCAAUCUUGGAUGGUCUUUACGAGGAGCAAGCUGCGAUUGUGACAUCAACGAAGGAAUCUACAUCGUCGACUCAGGUUGAGCGCGCAGUCAAGGUCAUGCGCAAGCGCAUCACGACUGUGCGGGAGACUCACGGUUGGGCUCACGAGGAGUCUCUCACUAGGAUGAAGGAGAUGAUCACUUUCUAUACCGAGCGCAAUGAGACCGAAACUGUGGUCCAAGAGCUCACCGAAGCAACCGUUCAAAUUCUUUCCUCGGAGACAUCCUCCACCAAGCUGAUCGCCGCCGCCAGCACCAUUGCAUCCAGCUACAUCGCUGCCAGAGAGAUCCAAAAGGCGGUUGAUUUGUGUCAUGAGAUAUACAGACAAAUUGUCAUGAAGGAUACGACCAAUGUUGCGACUUUCCAGUUUGAUCUCUCCUCCAAAGAAAGUCAAAGUCUCACGUUCCUGGCGCAUAUGGAAUAUAACCUUCGACGUAACUCCUCGGUCACGGUGACGGAGAUUCUUGCCGCCUUGAUGACUGAAUAUGUUUACUUCGAAGAGUUCCGAAGUGUGAUCAAGGCUGAGACGAGCACGAUUUACACUGUCUCCAUUUCGACUGCUCGUUUGUAUCAGUUCUUGGUUGGCAAUAGCCGACCGAUCGCGGCUGCCCAUGUCUUUGAUAGUUUCAUGGCUUAUUUCCUGGCUACUGAGGGCGAACGCGUGAAUGUGACAGAGAGCUCUCAAGUGAAGAUUCUGCUCAUCACCAUUCUGAAUCACCUGAGCAUCCAUCAGUCGCACGACUUUGUUCGCACCAUUGGCAUCGCGGGUAAUCAUGGCGUUAUCCAACUCCUCAAGGAGCAACAAUACGACGAGGCCUGUGAUCUUGCUGAAGCCACGUUCAAGUAUCUGUCUGCUGAUGAGGCCUAUCGAAUUCCCGCUAUCGUCAAGUUCGCCUUCGUUCUCGGCAUGACCAUCUCCGGACGCGACCUUACCACCCAGCCAGAUGAUGCUAUCCGCAAGAAACUGCUCGGUGUCUCCGCAAGCAUCAUCCUGGAUGCUCUGGAAGUCAUGAACGAAAUCAAGAUCGAUAUUUCUCAGAUUGGUCUCAUCCACCUCAACGCCCUGAUUGGUCUUCUCGGCGAGCAGGAAGACUACCAGACCCUGGCCUGGCUGCUCACCCUACUCUGGAACAGCCGCGAGGCUCAGCGCUCAUGGAAGCCAACUGUCACACUCGCGAUGGGCCGCCGGCUUGUACUAGCCCGUUAUCUUGUCAGCGACUUCAAGUCGGCUCUGCGCCUGGCAGAGGAUAUUGUGUACAACUGCCGCCGCGUGCAUGGUGCUUGCCAUCCGGCCACCCUCGACGCGUCCAUUUUGCUAUCGCAGCUCUACACCAGCGUGGGACAGAAAUACCUAUCACAGCGCAAUGGACCCUCGUUGGCGAACCGCUACUUCAAGAAGAGCGUCGCGGUGCAUGAGAACAUCCUUCGUAUCUUUGCUGACCCCACACUGGGCGAGAUGGAAAAUGGACUCGAGAACAGCAUGAGUAUGGACGACUCCGGAUAUGACCUGGAAAUGAGGGAGUCGAUGUUUGCCAGCGGAAACGGAAAUGGGGGCUUCAACGGCCACGUCUCCGACGGAGAGCACGUGCGUCGACACUUGUAUUUGCUCAAGCUGGCAACGGAGCGGCUGGGCUACUGGCCCAAGGAGUACAGCGAGUAUGAGCGGCUGAAUGCAGAUCUGAUCCGGGAAUUCCAAUCGGACCUACAAGGAGUGGAAGAGGUUGAGCAUUGGGAUCUGAAGGCAUUCGGAGCGGGCCAGGCGGAGUCGGAUGCAGACCUGGUGGAUGAUGGGUUCCGGGGCUGGGAGAUCCUGGAGCAGCAGAAUGGUGGCAUGGGUAUGACCCUGGCUGCAGAAGAGGAUGUUUAA